UAGUUUAGGGGUAUACCAGGGGGCAGAAUGAGUGAAGGAAACGGGGCGAGUUUUCACAGGAGCGAAAGAGUUGAGAAUAUAGGUUAAACUAUUGUUAUAGUGGUCAACAAGUUCAUCAAGCGAAGAUGAGCUGUCCAGUUUCAGAAUAUUGUCCAGGCUGGAGGUGAGGACAUCCUUAUCAAUGUCUUUGAUGUUCCUAAAUGAGAUGAGACAUGAUGGCUUGGUUAUGGAGAGACAUAGUGUAAUGUUAAAUGAGAGGAGGAAAUGAUCAGUAACAUGAACUUCAUCAGCUGCACAAUUAGACGGAGUGAGACCGGAACAACAGAUUAAGUCCAGUGUAUGUCCUUUUAUGUGAGUAGGAAAAUCGAUGAAUUGAUUAAAUCCAAAAUUCUCCAGGCAGGAUGAGAAGUCUUUGGUGAGGGGGAGAUUAUUGCAGUCCAUGUGGAUAUUGAAAUCCCCCAGCAAUAUUAGAUUAGGUGAGAGAGUAGAUGAAUGAGUGAGUAGAGAGGCUAAAUCAGUUAGGAAGUCAUUAUGGGGCUUAGGAGGACGGUAGACUGUAGCGGUGAUGGUAGGAGAGGGUCCAGGCACUUCACAUGCUGAACAUUCCAGAGAACUGAGAGCAGGCACAGAUACAGAUGAAGUAUCGCGAGACCUCAUCCGCGACCUACUCCACGGGGUUGACACGUAGACAAACCCAGGAGGAGCAGAGUCGUUGAGUUGUGAGGAGUCGUUAGGUUGUUGCCAGGUUUCAGUUAGACAGAGAAAGUCAAGCUUGCGCUCAGUGAGGAGAUCUUUAAUGAGAUGUCCCUUGUUCGUGAGUGAGCGGAUGUUGAGAAGACCGAAGUUGACGGUAGUGUAGUGGUGUUUGGCCGUAGCAUUAGCUGAUCUGGCUAAGCUAGCAAGCAUGCUGUGGCUAACACGCCGGCCGGUAUUCCUGCGAGGGCGACGGGUGGUGGACCAGAAUGAUGGAAUUUCAGUAGAGCUAUCUUCAACACGGAAAAUCCGGCGAGACCCACGAUGAAUGCAUCUCGGGCGAGGCAGAAAAGCAGUGUCCGGGUGAAAAUGCAGCACUGCUGACGGAGGCUCAUACCGGAGAUAACGCAGCCGGAGAAGUUCAGCGGCGGUGUAUUGGAACAGGCCUGUCGCAGGUUCGCAGAAGAGCGACAGGACAAUCCAAACAAUCUCAAUCCAGGCAAACAACUGGCUCGCCCACAUUGUAGAGCACCAGAUAGAUGCCGUGUUGAUGAGACGACACUAAAUUCCCAAACCUUGUUGAACAUAGAGAGACGAGUCCAUCGAUACUGGAGAGUAUAUGUACCAAAAGUCUCGCAAAGGGAAAGAAAAGCAACCAAAGAAAAACAAAACACCGGCGAGUAGCGGCAGCCAAACGCGCACAGCGUACAUUCAGACCGGAUGACAGCACUCCUCUCUUCAUCUCUCAUAAUUAAACAGGCUUCAGUUACUCAGUUACUGUCCGCCACUGCACAUAAUAAAGAUCAUAAAGGAGCUUUUUACCAGAGACCUGUCAGCCCCUGACGUUCAGUCCACCUGCUCUCGACUGUCCUGGCAAUGGCAAACUUCUUUGGGAAUAAAUUCCGAGCAUUACGGGAGAUAGGCAACAGCAUCACUUUGUUGCCGACAAGAACACCGAGACAGCCAAACAACAGCUGUACUCUGAAUCAGAAUGACAGACGGCUGAGGGAGGAUGAAUUCAGUGCUCCUGGCAGAGAAAGGAACAGCACACAGUCUUUGUUUAGGUGUUGCACUGGAGUGUUCAACAUUCGACGUCGGUUCACAACACUGAAACCUAAAGAGGAGCCUGAAGAGGAACCUGAAGAGGAACCUGAAGAGGAGCCUGAAGAGGAACCUAGAGAUGACCCUGCAUAUCGUCUCAACAUCGUCAGCUACAACAUAAAUGGGAAGAAAGAUUUACAGGAAGUUGUAAACCGCUUACAACGGCAAAAAUCAGAGGAUGACCCGCAUGUCAUUUUUUUGCAAGAAACAUGCAUCGGUAAAGGUGGUACGAUAGCAUUAAGUGAAUGGAAUGCUUACUACACGACAUAUAGUGACAACGGAAAAGGAGCGGCUAUUUUGGUGAAAAAAGACAGGAAAAUUAAGUUUAAGUAUUUUAGCCAAGAAGUGGAUGAAAACGGGCGUUACGUGGUUCUGCGAUGCAGCCUGAAAGGCCAGGAUUUCACAUUCGUGUGCGUGUACAAUCAUUAAGACGACACCAGCACUCUAGAGCUGCUCUCACCAUAUCUGGAGAAAGUGACCCUAGGAGCAUUAGUGAUUGGAGGAGACUUCAACACCACACUCAGACAGAGUGACAGGGCCAAAGGAGACAAAGGAAACCUAAAGAAUUAUCCAGAAUCACAGAGAAACCCUCAACACGAAAAAAUCAGACCACUGGUAGAGCAGUUAAUGGACCGUCAUGACCUGUUUGACGUCUUUGCAGAACGUGACGCACCUGGAGGUUCUAAACAUACCUUUUCAACAAAGAACAGAAACAGGGAGCAGAUCGUGUCCAGGUUGGACUACUUUUUUAUGCUUAAGCAAUGUCAGGGGUUAUUCAAAAAAUGUACCGUCCUUGAUGACGUAGCAAACAAAGACCACAGGCCCCUGUUCCUGGAGCUGAAGACAAAAGACAGUACUGAUGAGGAGGUUACAGCAGCCAUGCAAGCUCUGGAGCUGGGAACGGCAGAAGGACCCGGGAAGGACAACCAAAACAUCAGUGGAGUUGAGAUUGUGGCCGCCAUUCAUACUCUAGAGCUAAAUAAGGUACAAAGACCUGAUGGGGCCUUAGAAUACAGCCAUCUGAAUGACGAGACAGUUGACCAGUUGAAACGUGAACUCAAUGAAAUUAUUAACACAUCCUCCUUGCCAGAGAACUUUGCGAAUGACAAAUAUCUCAUCUUGGCACAAAUUCUGGCUCAGCGAUUAGAAAACUGGGGAAGCACACUGAGUAGGAAAAAGAGAAGGAAGAGUCAGACGUCAGAAAGGAGGCAGUCCUCACAGCAGCAGACUGAAGAGCUGGAGACAGUGGACGGUGCUAUGGAGGCCGAGUGGUCGGACUUAGACUUUUGCAUUAAAAAGAAACUAGCAGAUCAUCCCAGUUUAGAAAGUUGUAAAAUCUUGGGGAACAUGCUGCCACGCAAUGAAAGCACAGGGGGGACAAUUCUGCGCAAGGGCUGUCCUUUGACCCCUAUUCUGUGUGAGCUUCUUCAGGAAUACGGGUCAGACCCACACUCCAGCAAGAAUUAGGUCCAAGUGAUCAGAUGCUGGGGUGGCACGGUGGCGCAGGGUAGCGCUGUUGCCUCGCAGCAAAAAGGGCUGGGUUCAGUUCCCCAGCCGGGUGACGGCGUUAAUAUUAUGAAAUUACAGGCAGUAUAUUUAUCGCUAUUGUGAUAAAUCACACCACGUUGUGUUUUUCUGCGUGCAUUGCGGACGUCAUCAGUGUUUUAAGAUCACUGACCACCCGCAUGUUUCAUUAUAAAGAGAGCGUAAUUAAUCCUGUUUACCAGCGCAGGCGUGUUAAAGGGGAACUCCACGGUUAUUCAGUAAGAAACAUCGGGUAGCAAACAGCACGCCCUGCUCCUCUCAGUUACCAAACAGAGCUGGAAGUGAAGUAGUUGUUAUUAUAAUCUUAUUGUAUGCCUAUGGAAUCACUGCUGAGUCACCAAACUCUUUAUAUAGAGAUGAGAUUUGAACCAAGUCCCUUUAACUUCCCUCUGAACAUGAGGGAAUCCAGUGAAAUGUCUCCCUCUGCUGGUGAAAAUCAUAAACAUCAUUUAUUCUUGCCAUAUUUAACUACUUCUUCUUUCAGCUGCUCCCUUUAGGGGUCGCCACAGUGGAUCAUCUGCCUCCAUCUUGCCCUAUCCACUGCCUCCUCUACUUUCACACCAACCAUCUCCAUGUCC